GCGUAUAUAAGGAACUGGCUAUUACACCUCUACUUUUAGGCAUAAGGUAUGCUAUGGAGGUACCCUGUCUACCUACAUAUGCCCUCUCAGCCCUACGGGUUGCAGCCGCCGCUAAUGCGGGUCGGGUAACACCAAAAGCAGGAGCUAAUGUGAAAAGGGCACCGCUAUCUCAAAACAUGCUUCCAAUAUCCGUUGGUUGCAGCUAACGAAGUUCGAUAAUUGUACACCUAAGAGGCAUGUACCCAGUACCUACUCAGGUACAGACUCACCAGACCAUCGAUUCUCUUACCUUUUCAGAAAAGGAAAUACGGCAAUGUGAUAUAUAUAUAUAUAGCUUUUGAGCAUAUAGCUAGAUGGCGUUAGUAGACUACUCUUCCUCCGACUCGGAGUCUGAAGCUGGGGAGGCGGCAUCUGCAACUAAACGGCAAAAGACAACAGCGGACUCGGCUGCGCUCCCGCCGCUCCCCGAUGCAUUUCACGACCUAUACGCGUCCACGGUGCGGGUGAGCACAUCCGACGACCCAACGCUGCACCAGGGCCGCAAACGCGUGAAUCCGCAUAGGGUCGGCAGCUGGCCGAGCCACUUGUACAUCGAGUGGCACCCCACCACUUCCCAGCGCAAUGUCCUCUCCACCCUGCUGUCUGACCUCCAGACAGCACUCGCGCCCCUAUCAGUGAGCAUCACGUCCUUCCUGGAGUCGGACUUGGGCACUCCGCAGCCGCUGCACAUCAGCCUGUCGCGGCCCAUCGUGCUAAGCACCGCGGAGAAAGAUGAUUUCCUGGAGCAGUUAAUCGCACGUAUCAAGCGCAGCAAUGUCGGACCCUUUGAUCUCGCGCCACGGGGGUUGGAAUGGCAUCGCACAAGCGAGUCUGAGCGUUCGUUCUUGGUACUUAGGGUGGGGAGUACUGGUUGCCCUCCUGCUCCCGCUGCCAUUGUCCCUCCUGCCCCUGCCCCUGUCCCUGCCUCGGCUUCGGUGGCCGAUAGAAGAAGUAGUAGGAAGCGUGUCGGUAAACCAGAAAAAGGGAAAGGAAGUAGUUCUAAGACAGAUGCACCUACCAUCAGCCCCUCAGAUAACCCACCCCCACUCCCAACGCAGCAGCAGCCGCACAACCCAGAACUAGCAGCCCUUCUCCAGCGAUGCAACGCUCUCGUGCAGGAAUACCAACAACCACCUCUCUACGCCUUCUCCGGCGGCAGCGACGACGACGCCUUCCACAUCUCCAUAGCGUGGUCCUUUGUCGCGCCCUCUGCUGACGUCAAGCGACAUACCGAGCGUGUAUUCGCAGCCGGCCCGCAAGCCGAAGUGCUAGCGAUGCGGGUUCCGGUGCGCGGCGUGAAGGCCAAGAUCGGGAACGUGAUUACGCAUGCCGAGCUGCCGGUGCGAGGGAAGAGGGGGGUUGGGGAGGGUUAACUAGAAUAGGACGAGGGCUGUAAUAAUGCGGGGGUUAGUUGUGUAAGGGUUGGUUAUGUAUAUCGAAGUGCAGACGUGGACAGCCCUUGCUUAACAUGGCAACAAGGGAAGAUACAAGACAUGGAUAUAUGCUUAUAAAUG